AUGCUAUCUAGAUAUAAUAUUAAUGGGCGUACAAUUUAAGAAGAAAAGUUGUUAUCUGAAGGAGGGUAUGGCUAUAUACUAAAAGCAAUUGAUGUAAAUACCAAAGAAGUUUUUGCAUUGAAAAAAUCUUAUUGUUAAGGAGAAGAGAGAACUUAAGUAGCAAGGAAUGAAUUAGAAAUUAUGGUAUAAAAAUUCAAAUUUUAACCAGAAACGUUUGCCUAGACAUCCAAAUUUGGUCAAUUUCAUGGGUGGCACAUUUGUAUAAGAGAAAGGAUAACAUGUAUGUUUGAUUCUAAUGGAAUUCUGUGGUGGUGGAAGCUUAUUUGAUUUGAUGGCUAAAGAUCCAAAUUCAAGAUUUCCAGAAGAAUAACUUUUAGGCUAUAUGAGAGUAUAUAUGUUUAAUUGAAAUUCUCUUAGGAAAUUACAUAAGGCAUUAAGUGUUUGCAUACUUUACAACCACCUAUGGCUCAUAGGGAUAUAAAAAUAGAGAAUGUGUUAUUUUAAAACGGAAGAUGUAAAUUAUGUGAUUUUGGAUCUGCUAGUACUUAAAGAGUUGAUUUAAGGUUAGUAUUAUAAACUAUUAUUAUUAGUUAAAUCAGAUAGUCUGAUUUCAUAAUUUAUGAAGAAGAAUGGGAAAAAAAUACAACUUUAAUGUAUAGACCUCCAGAAAUGGCUGACUUGUUUUUGAGAUAUGAUGUAGGAGAAAAAGCUGAUAUUUGGAUGUUAGGAUGUGUAUUAUACACAUUGUGUUUUUUUAUACAUCCCUUUUAAGAGAGCUCUAAAUUAGCCAUCUCCACUGCUACAUAUAAUAUACCUAAAUAGCAUAGAUAUUCAGAUAAAUUGAUUGAUUUUAUUAGACUUAUGCUUACUCCUGAUCCAAAAUUAAGACCAUCUAUAUUUGAUGUUGAAAGAAUUCUAGCUCAAUUCCAUUCAUUACCAUAUAUAUAAUUAAAUGUAAUAAUUUGAAGUAAAUUUUAGGCUUAAGCAAUAGAAAUAAAAAAUAGAGAAUAAAAAUUAGAAUAAGAAAUGGAAUAAUAUAAUAAAAAUAGUUUCAAAGUUAAGAAAUUUGAUGGUGAUAUUCCAAUUGAUGAAUUAAUGAAUUUACAAAAAAAGAUUUAAACAGAAAAAACUUAAUUUAAAUAGCAAUAAUAAUAAUAAGUUCGAUAACCUUAAUAAUAAUAUGUGUAGAGAUAAUAAGUGUAAUAAUUAUAACAAUAAUAAAGAUAAUAAUAAUAAUAAUAAUUUCAGCCAUUUUCUGGAUUUAAUUAAUAAUAACAAUAAUCAAAAUCAUCAUAAGAUAUUUUUGCUUAAUUUAGUAAUCCUCAAUAAGGUUUUAGUACUAACAAUGCUUGGGAUAAUCCAAAUUAAUGGGUUUAACAAUAAUCUACUCAAUAAGCUUUUGAUAAUUUUGGAUUUGUUUCAACAUCUCAUUCUCCAAGUCCAAAUCCUUUUUAAUGGGAUUCCCAAUUUAAUUAACCUUAAUAAUAAUAAUAAUAAUAAUAAUAAUAAUAAUAAUAAUAACAUUAAGUACAAUAAAUGUAAAUUAAUUCAUUUUCUACAUCUCCAGCUAAUAGUGCCUGGGAUAUGACUACUAAUUAUACUGAAUAAUCACAUUAAUCUACUUAACCAUCCACGAAUUUCUGGAUUGGAAAUAGUUAAUAACAAUUUGGUGUUCAAACUACCUAAAUACAAUCUUAAUAAUUACCUCUAAAUCCUCAAUAAGAAACAAUUGAUUUAAUAGGAUUAGAUGAACCAUAACCUUAAUAAUAAUAAUAUGAUUUAUCAAAUAUAAUAUUAUGA